UUCCGUAAUAAGUGGCUGAUAUAUGAUCUUUGGUUUAUUUGUACCCGAACCUUUUUUCUACGCACCCUUCGAACCUUUUCACAUACUAUUUUGACAUCUUCUUCUAAAUGAACUGUCAAAACUACUGCAUUAGCUACAAGCACUGCUUUAUUCACGUCACCAUCGGACAUAUGCACAUUUGACAAAUAAGAGAGAUUCACUCCAAGUUUUGUGGCUACGGUUGAAUAUUGUAAUUUAUGAUUAAAACUAUUGUGUUGAAGUUUCAUACAUAAAGGAUAAACAAAAGUGUUACUUAUAACUGAGAGACUUUGGUGCAAUUUGAAUGAAAACGGACGGAAGUUGUGUGGUGACCAACUCGCAACAAAGUCAGCGAGUACCGAGUGGCUACAUUGCAUUGGCGAGGAAAAUUUAAAACCGAUAAACAAAGAAGCUAUUUAAAUAAAAACCGGAUCCCGACUUGCAAAAUGCAAACUAUUAAACGUGAGCGUAAACGCUAUCAAAAGGAUACGGCACCCGCAGAUGAUAUAAUAACAUUAAUACAUUUGGUACGUCAGAAUCCUGCGCUAUAUAAUUAUAAAUUAGAGCCUAAUCAAAGACGGCGUAUUGAUGUAUUAAAUGGUUGGGCUGAAAUAGCGGCGAAAAUUGGUAACAGAUACACUGUAGAAGAGUGUCGGCGUAAGUGGAAAAAUUUAAGGGAUACUUACCACCAAUACCGACUUCGUAAACCAAAACCUGGCGAUGGUUUAUCAAAAUGGCGUUACGCCAAAGAAUUAGAAUUCUUGUCGAGUAUAUAUCAGCCAAAAUUGAAAUCACAACGCCAUCAAAAUUACAUGAUGGACACACAACGUUCGGAUUUGCAUGACCUUGGUGGACCCACCGUAGCAACACGAUUAAAAGAAGACCAUAACGACGGCGGAAUUGUGCACCAUUCGAAUCCGGCCAUAACCUUAGUGAAUGACGAUGAGGCAUUCAUACUUACCACUUAUGAAGAGAGUGUCACAGAUGACGUUACAACUAUUGAUCAUGGUGGCCAUGAUGACCCAAGUAUAUCUUCUCAUAUGGAGUUGACUCACGACGAUGACGAUGUUGAAGAUGUACAAGAAAUAGUUAAAAACGAACACGGUUCGUCAUUAGACGAUGCAACUGGGACCGAAGUACAUUACGAGGAAGUUUGCAUGUAUGAAGAGGCAGGGAAUGGGCCUAGUGUCGAUUGCGAAACCAUUAUUGGCUCAGGGGGCGUAGUGCGCAGCUCGUCAACGGAUUCAAAAAAUUUUGCAAGUACACACCAUCACCAUCACACGCACUCUACUGCUGAUUCAUUCACCUAUUCUAUGAAUGAUUUUUGCAUAGAGUCUAUACCCCAUUUACCCAGUACAAGUGGUGGUGGAGGUGAAAGUGGUAGCGGCAGCAGUAGUAGUAGUGUAAUUGGUGGCGCGAAAUUAAAGAAUUUGACUACUUCAACAAUUGUCACAACUCCCGUUGUAGUGAGCAGUAGCUCUAACAACCCAAAUGUGGUCCAACAACAAACGGCAAAUUCAUCCAUUUUACAGUUACAGUCUCCCACAUCUAUGAUGUAUAAUGGACAAUCGCGCGAGGAAUUGGAUUUGUUUUUUGCUUUUCUCAAACAAAAGAUGCAACGUUUCUCAAAGGAGGAAAUAACUUUGAUGCAAGUCGAAUUUCUGAAUUGUGUUCAGAAACAUGAAGCUGAACGCAAAUAUAACGGAGGUGGUAGCGGAGAUGCAACAAUAUUACAUCAAUAAGCUGAAAUUGAAUUUAUUAUAAAUUUAAAAUUUAUAUGGUAUAUCCAACAUUGUUUGUAAUUAAGAAUUGUAAAUGUUUUGUGUAUUUAAUGCGCAUCAUAAUGCUUCUGAAUAAUAUGAAAACCUAAUGAAUAAAUGUAUUUAACAACACA